AAGAGGCAGAGUUCACAAAAAGAUGGCUCAGCAUCAUCAUCAUCAUCAUCAUCAUUCACGUCGAUAAUCCUACAUCAAAAUUGAGUUUUACACAGGGGGGCGGCCAUGAACACCACGGCGACUCUGUUGUUGGGGGUUGUUCUCCUGAUGACGACUCCAGUGUCAUAUUCCUACGCGAAUAAUGAUGCCGCCGCGGCCAUGGACAUCCGGAGGACUAACAUCGAGGUUGCCAUAGAAGAGAUGCAGAGGGCAAACUACUUCACAUUCGUGAUGCUCCUCAGAAUGGCCCCUCCAGACCUGAUGAUGAUUCUGGAGGGUGGCAACCUCACCUUCUUCAUGCCCAACGACAAGACGCUCUCCCAGGACAGCAACAUCGUAAGUCUCGCGGCACCGGCCAAUCACACCACCACCCCUCCUUCUCUCGCCCAUUUCUUGCUCCGCCAUUCCAUUCCAUCCCCGUUGCUCUUCGAAUACCUCCAGCAUUUCCCCGCGGGUUCCACGGUCCCGACCUCCGACCCCGACCUGGUGCUUAGGAUCACCAACCACGGAAGGAGGAGCUUCUUUCUCAACAACGUCAGAGUCAGCAGCCCCGACAUCUGCACUCGAGGAUCCUCCAUUAGAUGCCACGGCAUCGACGGAGUCAUCCAACCUAAUUCAGUGCCUCCUCUGCCCGCUGCAGAUCAUGAUUGCCGCCGCCCAAUUCCAAAUGCUAAUAAUAAUAAUGCAACAAGUCCUCCUCCCGCCCUGCAGCCCGCUCCACCAUCAACAGCCCCGCCACCAGGAGAAGCGGACUCUAGAAACAGCGCGCCGUCCCUUCCUGGGCUUGAGCAGAUGUUCGAAUUUGCGACCAAGUGUGUGGCGUUGUUAGUGCUCAACUUAAUUGUUGUCUAGGUAGGCGCAGCAGUUUCGCUUUUGCUGCCGUACGUCCUAUGAUGAUGGAUAACAUACUACAAAACAGUCUGUUAAAAUUACUACUGCCUGCUAGUAAUUAAUCAGGCUGCCCCGUACGUACGUGGCGCUACAAUAUAUUGUUUUAAUUAA